CCAGCUCAGGUGGUGCGGUCGGGUUUGGAGCAGGAAGUGGGAAGACUGUGGCCAGGAAAGCUGACGACUUUUUUUUCUUUAUAAUUAUUAUCACAUUCUCUAUACGCGUUUUUUUAAAAGAAUACUUGCAUUAAGGAAGGCAUCGAAGUACACUGUCAUGUGGAAGGCAGCCGCUGGUCAGUCCGUCUCUGUGUCCGUGGAUGAUGGAGGAGAUGAUUGGGAGACCGACCCAGACUUUGAGAAUGAUGUGUCUGAGAAGGAGCAGCGCUGGGGUGCCAAGACUGUGGCCGGCUCCGGACAUCAGGAGCACAUCAAUAUUCAUAAGCUGCGUGAGCGAGUGUCGUCUGAACACACAGAGCUGAAGCAGAAGGAGCUGGAGCACAUGCCCAAGGCGUCGCACGGGUACGGAGGAAAGUUUGGGCUGCAGCAGGACCGCAUGGACAAGGCAAGAGGCUUCGCUCUUCUGAUGCACUUCUCUGACGCAGCGGUGUGCCUUCAUUCAUCAGAACUGACGUGUGUGUGUGUGUGUGUGUGUGUGCAGUCGGCUGUGGGACACGAGUAUCAGAGCAAGCUCUCCAAACACUGCUCCCAGACGGACACCUCCAAGGGCUUCGGAGGUAAAUUCGGCGUGGAAGCGGACCGUGUUGACCAGUCUGCCGUGGGCUUCGAGUACGCUGGGAAAACAGAAAAACACGCCUCACAGAAAGACUACGCCGCGGGGUUCGGCGGCCGAUACGGGGUGCAGGAGGACCGUGUGGACCGCAGCGCCGUCGGCUUCGAUUAUCAGGGAAAAACAGAGAAGCACGAGUCACAGAAAGAUUACGCUAAAGGCUUCGGAGGCAAAUUCGGAGUGGAGACGGAUAAAGUGGACAAGAGCGCCGUGGGCUUCGAGUACCAGGGAAAGACUGAGAAACACGAGUCUCAGAAAGACUAUGUGAAGGGCUUCGGAGGGAAGUUUGGCGUUCAGACGGACCGUCAGGAUAAGUCUGCGGUGGGAUGGGAUCAUCAAGAGAAACUGCAGCUGCACGAGUCACAGAAAGAUUACGCUAAAGGAUUCGGAGGGAAGUACGGUGUGCAGAAUGACCGAAUGGACAAGAGCGCCGGCUCGUUCGAGGAAGUGCAGAAGCCCAGCGUGGCGUAUCAGAAGACUCGUCCGGUGGAAGCAGCUGGCAGCGGCGCCGGAAGCAUUAAAGCUCGCUUCGAGAACAUGGCGAAGCAGAACGAGGAGGAGGACAGGAGGAGAGCAGAAGAAGAGCGCGCUCGACGACAGAGCAAAGAGAAGCAGGAGCAGGAGGAGGCACGCAGACACCAGCAUCUGCUCGUGGAGCCCGUCAGUGAGGCGCUGGAGAACGGUGCAGACGUGUACGAGGUGGAGCCGGUCUCCACAGAACACACACAUGAAGAAGCGCUGGAGGAAGACCUGUACCAGAACCCUGAGCCGGACCAGCAGAACCAGACCACAGGGCCGUAUGAGUACGGGGAGGAUCUUGGCAUGACAGCCGUGGCGCUGUAUGACUAUCAGGCUGCGGGUGACGACGAGAUCUCCUUCGAUCCGGACGACAUCAUCACAAACAUCGAGAUGAUCGACGAGGGCUGGUGGAGGGGUGUGUGCCGCGGCGCGUACGGACUCUUCCCCGCCAACUACGUCGAACUCCGACAGUAGACUCGCUCUCUCCUCAGACGUCAGGCCUCGAGUUCACGCUUUCAUCACUCUCUUCUUUCACUGUAACGUCUCCAGCCUUCUCCAGUCAUUCUGCUUCCUUCAGCUCAACUCUCACUUCCUGUUUCACAUCAGUAGGUGCGUGCGCUUUACUGGAUCCAGGUGCCAUUAGAGAUUUAAUGACACUUCUGAGAACGUUUAACUGCUCACACACACACACACACACACACUCACACACAUACAUCCGUGUGUGAAAUAAGAGACCAAAGAUCUGAGAUCUUCUGGUGAGUUUUAGAGAAAUGAUGUCAUUUGUCGUGAACACAGGUGUCUUCUUUGACUCCCAAAGCUGCGUCCGUACGAACACUUUUCAUUUCCGUGUCUUAAGUUCGAGAAUAUGAAUUAAGGAAGGCCAAAAUAUAAUGCCAUAAUAGAUCACUGCUAUCACGUGUGUGUGUACAGGAUGAACAGACUCUCCAUCGCAGUGUUUGAAACCGUUUAUAAGAAUCCCUGUGGUGGUAUUAGAAGGGUUGUGUAUUAAUAUCAGAUGUUGAUGUGUUAUGUGUAGUAAACUCUGUCUGUUCUUCUCUGUGUUCUGUUCAUCUGACCUCGCUCUCGAUGUGUCCAUCUCUGUGUGAGUACAGGACAUUUCUGUCUGUGACCGCUGAGUUUAAUGACAAUCCACACAGGUGCAGCGGAGGUAAUUCUGUUUAGUGGCCUAGCAGCAACUAAUGACAUUAUCUGUGUUGUGCAAUCUUAGUUAAGUAACCUUUUCAAACACAUGAAGUGCUUAUCUAUACUGGCUCUCUUUACCAGGCUGUUUUAUAAAAAUAUCAUUUAAGAAUAAACUAAUACAACUAGUA